AUGUUCCGCCGAAAGGCGGAGGCCCAUCGUCUGCACCGUCACCGACGCUGCCGCCUGAAUCUAUUAACCCUAAUUUCAAUCGAAAAAGGAAUUUUAAUUCGAAAGAUAUUACCGAUAAAAGAGCGGUUGGCAAAGAGCAUUGUGUACUCAGAAAAUGCGAUAGCCAAGUGGUUCGCCGUUGGUUUAACAGAUGAUACUCUCCUUCUCACCGUUACGAGGCUCGAGCCAGUGGCUCUGGAAUCCUAUGAACGAAAAUCGGGUGAAAAGCCGCUCACUUUGGUUGAGUUGAAUCAAGUGCGGCACAUGGUUGCUGAUAUGUCCUGCCUUGGUAAGAACCUAGAUUUGAGGCUGCUGCUACGCACCAAGAGAAUUUUGGUAGCUCUGAAAGAUGAAGAGAUUGAGAACAUUCAAAGCCUGAUUGGAUCUGCCACUUUAGAUUCAGAAGUGAAGGGUGGAUUAAGGUGGCCCUUGGGUAAACAGUCUUCAGCGGAUCAAUACACUGUUGUCGGAGUUUGGCAUACAAAUGGAAAGACAUUUAAGAAUUUGUCAAUGAGACUUAAGGUUCGACAUGCUGAUCGAUUUGAUUUCAGAUCUUCAGCUGGAGAGGUCACCAGAGAGGUCAUUCUGAAAAUGCCUGGAAUUAUACCAAAACUGCCGGUCCAAGCCCAUGAAACCAUUUACCAAUAUCCCACACCAAAUACGUUCCAAACACAGCUGAAUCAGACAAACCCUCGUGUUGGCUACUGCCCUGCGGCUCUGAAUGCGAGUUGCGAACUACGAACUCAACCUCUGCGAUUGCGAUGGCCGGAGGCUAAAGCUGCAGCAAACAGAUUCGAAGGGUUUGCUAUUCUAAAACGCCAACGAGCCCAGGCACUCAUUGAAAAUGCUGACCUGGUGACUUACAAAGCCAUGAUGGCACUUAGAAUUGCUGAAACUGCCCAAAAAAGAGGAAUGGCAACCUCAUCGCCCAGUAUUUUUGAAGCCUUGGGAGUCAGGGAGAGGAAGGACAUCCUUGUUAGAUGCGAAAUGACUUUGCUUGUGGGUGACCAACAUCACUAUGAGCUGAAGAAGUUUGGUGAUUGUGGAGCUCGUGCUAGGAUUUCCUCUUUCAUUUCACACACAUAUCAGUUGUCUCUAUCUUUUUCUUUUCCUUCUCUAUUGAAUCUGGACCUUGCUUUGAGACCAGCUCUGGUGAACCCUGAUAAGCGGAAUCUUGAUCGCCAGAUAUAUAGAAGACUUCUGAUUACGAAAAACUCAAAAUGGUAA